AUGGAGACCUCUGUUACACGAGUUUGGAAAAACCUCAAUUUUGAUAAUAUGAAAGGCAUCAAUUAUGGUUCUACAUCAUGUUUGGGUUUUGAGGAAUUCUAUGGCCUAAUAAGAUUCAGCUAUGUCGGGUCUGGAGCUCAAGACUAUUUAGAAAAUGGUGACAUCAUUUCACUUUUAUCAUUUAUUGUUAUUUCAGAAAUUGUUGAAAACCUGAUUGUAGAAGACAGUUCACUUAUGAUACCUGAGGCAAUUGAUAGACUCUUCGUGGACAUAGCAAAUAUCAACAGGGAGUCUAUGGCUGAAAUACAGGACUCUCAGGUUGAAGAAAUGGCAGUAAACCUGUGGAACUGGGCAGUUACCAAGAAAACAGCUUUGGGUUUAAGUGAAGAGCAGAGCGCUAAAGUACGGCAUGUUGCUUGCAAGUUGGAGUGUAUGUGUGAAGGCUCAGCUGCUUCAGAAGAAGCUAUUCGAAGACAAAUUUUGAUGAAUAUGAAAACAGGAAAAGGAUGGGUGGAUGUUGGAAAUGCUAUGAUUGCUGAUGAAUUUUUUCAAGCUGCCAUGGCUGGUCUGGAGCAGUUAUAUGUCAUAUUAAUACAGAGUUGCUCCACUGAGGUCCAUGUGACUAUGCAGAAGACUGCUACGGAGAGGGACGUUUUCAGAGUGCUUGCUUACCAAGCAGAGUCAGCAAUUGCUCAAGAGGAUUUUCGAAGAGCAUCUACAUGUAUACUGCGCUGUAAAGAUAUGUUGAUGAGGCUGCCCAAUAUGACCGGAUAUCUUCAUAUUCUCUGUUAUAGCUUUGGAGUAGAAACCUACAAGCUGAAUAAAUAUGAACAAAGUUCUUUCUGGCUCAGCCAAAGCUAUGAUAUUGGGAAGAUGGAUAAGAGUUGUGUUCAGCCGGCAAUGCUGGCUAAAGUUCUACGGUUACUAGCCACUGCUUAUAUGGAUUGGGACGACAAAGAAUAUUAUAAGGCUCUCAGCGCUAUAAACCUAGCAAACAAGGAACAUUUAACUGCAGCUGGGCUUUUCUUAAAGAUGAAAAUCCUCUUGAAGUAUGAAACAGCUAAUGAAGAAUUUCUUGAAGCUGUCAUGGAAAUACUGCAUCGUGGCAUGUCUUUAGACUUCUGUCUGAACAUUGCUAAACUGCUGAUGGAUCAUGAAAGAGAAUCUGUUGGGUUUUAUUUCCUGAAGAUUAUCUGUGAACAUUUUAAGUCAUCAGAAAAUAUUGGUAAAGCUCUACUGCUCCAUGUUGACAUGCUUUUACAAAGGAAGGAAGAAUUGCUUGCCAUGGAGAAGAUUGAAGAAAUCAUUAUAGGUCACCAAACAGGAAGACAACUGACAACAGAAUUAGUAGGCUGUUUACACAACAUUCUAUGGAAAAAAGCUGCCCAAAGUUUUGAGGUACAAGAUUAUGCUGCUGCCCUACACUGGUACUACUGUUCUCUGAGAUUUUAUGCAUGUGAUCAAACGUACGUGGACUUGGCCAAGCUACAGAGGAACAUGGCUUCUUGUUACCUGCAUUUGGAACAAUUUGAUAAGGCUAAAGAGGCAGUGACAGAAGCUGAACGAUGUGAUCCUACAAAUAUUUUCACUAAAUUUUAUAUAUUCAAGAUUGCAGUCCUAGAGGGCAACUCUGACAGAGCUUUGCAGGCAAUUACUCCUUCAGGGAAUUUAUUAAGAGCUGAAGAACAAGAAGAGAAUGUUGUACUUACACAUAGAGGUUUAGUUGUCAUGUUCCUCAAUUUAGCUGCCCAGUUUGCUCUAAAGAAUGGACAACAAAUCGUGGCAGGAAAAGCUUUGGAAUAUUUAGCUCAAUAUUCAGAAGACGGACAACAAGUCCUUACAGCUUUAAAGUGUUUGUUUCGUCUUGUUGUUCCACCAGUUUCUCAAAUGCCAGAAUCUGAAAACAAAAAGAAAGAAAUAGAUAGACUUUUGACUUGCUUCAGUACAGCACUCCCGAAACUUGUUCAGUAUUUUGAUGGAGAAGCCUCGACUUCAGGCUUAAGGAUUAAUGAAGCUCAUUGGUUUCGAAAAAUAGCUUGGAACUUGGCUGUGCAAUGUAUCAAUGACCCAGUGACAAUGAGAGAGUUUUUCAUAAUUUCUUAUAAGCUGUCCCAGUUUUGUCCUUCUGAUCAAGCAAUUCUGAUUGCACAGAAAACAUGUUUACUUGUGGCAUCUGCAGUUGAUCUAGGACAAGGGAGAAAAGCUUCAACAACUUGCGAACAGGUAAUGUUACUGAAUCGUGCACUUGAUCAGAUCCAUAAAUGCAGAGACAUCUGGAAUCUCCUGAAAGAAACAGGGGACUUCUCAGGUGAUCCAUGUGAGACAUUGCUUCUGCUGUAUGAGUUUGAAGUUAAAGCCAAAAUGAAUGACCCAUUACUGGACAGCUUCCUGGAAUCAGUGUGGGAACUGCCUCAUUUAGAAAGUGGAACAUUGGAAACAAUCGCAUCAUUAGCAAUGGAAAUGCCUGCACACUAUCCUUCUAUCGCUCUAAAGGCCUUGAAAAAGGCUGUAUUUCUCUACAGAAAGAAAGAAUCAAUUGAUGUUUUGAGAUACAGCAAAUGUAUGCACAGCUUGGUUAACCUCUUAGUGCCAGAUGGGGUGGUGAAUGAAGAGCUCUGUCCCCUGGAAGAAGUUUGGGGCUAUUUUGAAGAUGCUCUGAGCCUUAUUAGCCACACUGAAGGCUACCCAGAAAUGGAGAUUCUCUGGCUGAUGGUCAAGUCCUGGAAUCUUGGGAUAUUUAUGUACAGCAGAAACAAGUAUAUGUCUAGUGAAAAAUGGUGUGGCCUGGCACUGCGUUUCAUUGACCACCUUGGCUCCCUUAAGAGAAACUAUGAAACUCAGAUGAAUGUUCUGUACAGUGAGCUUGUGGAAGCAGUAGAUAAAAAAAAAGGGCCCACUUGUUAA